CUUCAACCAGCUUCCAACUGGAAAAUUUCUGGUCUGAGUAGUCAGGGUUGGUGACAUGUUGGAAACCGGGAAGGAAAAUUUCCCAGGCCUAAUACUCUCACCUCGUCAUUAUGUCUGUAUCCCCACGAAAAACGCGUACUGCGACCGGUGCGCUCCGCAACCGAACCACGCCGGCUCCAGCUGCGCGUGCAGCGAAGAAAGGACGCGUCGUUUCGUCGUCAAAAGCUAAAUCCAACAUCCCAACGGCACAGCCGCUUCACAACCUCCUUACCGAGGCGUUGGCUAUGGCAAAAUCACUCGAUGUGACUCCAGACAAUCGCGUCACCCUUCGAAACGUCCGUAAAAUUGCUGUUGCGCUUCUGGAUAUCCUUCCGGGUGACGAGAGAACAGUUAGAGACCUCGAAUACGAGUCGCACUAUCUUUCUUUGACGUCGUUGGCAAGCGAGCUUGCCGCAAGUGAAACAAACGACCCAGAAGAUAGAUGUUAUGAACAAAUCCCACUGAUGGAGGGGAUCAUGGAGGAGGUGGUCGAAUGGCUUCCCGAUAUAUGGCUUGAAAUGGCAGAAGAAAAUGCAGACAUGGACCUUAUCCGCCGAUGUUUGAACCUUUGUUCAGCAGCUGCGGACGAUCUUAGGGGGGAGUUUCUUGACUGCACAAACAGGCUGGUCAUUGCCAACUCGGAGAAGAAGACGAUCUAUGAUCAAAGUUACUACGUUGUCGACUAUAUGGCUUGGAUGUGGAGAGAAUCCCUGAUAUUCUCAGCCAUCCAAGGGCUGCCAGUCCCGCCUGAGGUCAUGAAAGAUGAUGAAAUCCAUGAACAAAUUUUCAGUCUAUUUUGUCAAGAUACCACUGACCCAAGAAACGAGGAUGGCUACGCUUUCUGGGACAACCACUGGUCGCCAGAAAUGAAGGCCGCCGACUGUCUCUAUGCUAAACGUCACAAUCACUGGAUUGCCGAAUUUAUCAAACUACCAUCGUUUCCACUGUACACCUCUUUGGUGUCACAAUAUCCCGACAUCAAGCCCUGUAUACUAUCGACAAUCAAAAAAGGACUCUUUUCGGACAAGCCCUUCAUUCGGUACUCGGACGCGGCGGAGAUCCUGGUAGCAGCAUCCCAAACCGAAGACAUCGUUCGUCUGGUUGAUUACUUGAGCGGAAAGGGCUUCACCCUCCACACUCCAGCCAUCCUUAUCAUCGUCAAAUAUCUCUCCAAAGUGACCGACAAAAAGCUUCGCACUCGUGCUCUACAAGCCGUCGAAAAGGGGCUCGAGACGUCGAAGCAGGACGCGUUAGAUGCCGUGAAUGGCCUCUAUCCGGGACUCAAAGUUGCACAGCUCUGGCUUCGUCGUCUUCGAGACUCAGGGCAGUUCCCUUUCGAUGACGACAUCCACCAUGAUAGAUACUACGAGCGGGAGGCAAACCUUCGUCGUUUCGCUGAGUGUGCAGUCAGUGGAGGUCCUCUCGCUGACCUCGACUGGGUGCCUCCGGUAAAGAAUCGGAGAGAGGUCUAUUCCGAAGAUAACAAUUAUGAAGACGAACCCCAAACGUCGGAACCUGACUUGGCACAGUCCAUCCAAGAUUGGGCGCAGAUUUUGGGCAAGUGGCCUGAUGAAAUGGCAGCUGCAGAGGUUUGGAAUAGGAUCAAGUUUGAUGGCUCUGAGUUGCCGUUUUCUGCCGUGGAGGGUGCAGAAGAAGUGUUGAUAGAUCGCAUUGAGCACGCCGAUUCGGUGCAGUGGGAAAACUGGCGUCAGGCCAAUCCUCUCCCGCCACCGCCAUCAAAAUGGCAACACCGACUGCGACCGCGUUUCUGGAGUUUUCCAGUUUGCGAAUCCUACGACUUUUCCAAGGCUCCCAGCUCCGUGUACCUUUAUGUCACGGAUGGCCUGCAAGCGCUGAAGAUAUUCUCUUGUCAAGAUCACCGCAGUUUACGCAGAUAAAUUGACGUGUAUUUGAUAGUAAAAUUCAUUGCAAUUAUACCCUGUACAGGCGUUGUAACUCAUCACGGCGAUGAUGCCUGCACCGUCGCAAUUCUGACAGCCCAAAAUCGACAAGCUUGAAACGAAGGAAAAUCUGUGCCGCAUUACACAGCUCAAGUUCCUGUCUUUAACAGCAAUUGAAAGCAUGGCAAGCUAGAAUGGCGAAGAGAGGGUCGGGAUUGAUGUGGUCCUGCAGAGCGACGGACGAAUGAUCCAUCAAAGCUUGAGUGGUGGGGAAAGGUUUUGGC